GUGUUUGUUCUGUGUUCUGUGGUGUCAGUCGCCGCUGGGAAGUUAACGAUUAAUUCACAUUUUAAUUAAUUUCCCAAUUGUGUAUACGUAUUAUUUAUAUUUUAUUUAUUGUACCGUAUGAGUGAAUUAAAUCUAAGCGAGUCUUGUAAGUAGUCAUGGAUCAACAGGACAUCCUCCAAGUCGGGACGAGUAUUAACAUAAAACGAACCGAUGGGCGAGUACAUUCUGCGAUUGUUGCCGCGGUCAAUUUUGACUUGCGUAGCGCAACGGUGGAGUGGUUUGAACAGGGCGAGACUAAAGGAAAGGAAGUUGACAUGACAGCCAUAACAUCUUUAAAUCCAGACAUUAAAAUUGUAAAGCCCGGUGAACGAUACGCCCAAGAACCAACCACCAUACCGCAGACCCAAACCUCUGGCAACAUAUUGCAAAGAGAUUCGUCCGGUUCUUCUGAAGAAGAAACUAGUGCCGCUAUGGCACAAUCGGGACGUUUUAGCCAUAAAUUGGACGAAAGUGACGACGAUUUUAAUAGUAAUCAAUUCUCACCGGAAACUGCAACAUUAUCGAAUCCGACAAGGCAGUCAGUAGUACCUAACGUUAGACAUAAUAAUGGGUUUAUGCGAUCAGCGCAACAAUCAACCCGGGUUUCUCAGAAUCAAGUAUUAUCUAAUAAUGGACAUACCAUGCCUUCGUCAAAUGACUCAGUGCCCAAUAAAGAAAGUAAUCUGCCGACCAGUCGUGCUAGUGUACAGAACAUACGCCGUAGUAACGUUCUUAAAGAAGUAGAAAAAUUGAAGAAGAAUAGGGAGGAGAGACGGCAAAGGCAAGCCGAAGAGAAAGCAGAGAAGGAGGCAUUUCUCCAGCUAGCCCCAGGAAACCCCCACUGGGAGUUGUUAAAUAUGAUAGCGGAGUACCGGCGCGGUUUGGACAUCAAACCACUGACCGAGAACGACGCGAUCGAAGAUCAUUUAAUAACAGUUUGUGUCCGAAAGCGGCCUUUGAACAAGAAAGAAAUCCACCGGAAGGAGGUCGACGUCAUAACGAUCCCGAGCAAAAACCAACUCAUCGUCCACGAGCCCAAAAACAAAGUAGAUCUGACGAAAUAUCUCGAAAACCAGUUGUUUCGCUUCGAUUAUGCGUUCGACGAAACGUGUUCGAACGAGAUGGUUUACAGGUAUACAGCCCAGCCACUGAUCAAGACAAUCUUCGAGGGCGGCUUUGCCACCUGUUUCGCGUAUGGGCAAACAGGUUCGGGCAAGACCCACACAAUGGGCGGCGAUUUCAACGGGAAAAACCAAGACUGUCACAAGGGCAUUUACGCAAUGGCGUCGGCCGAUGUUUUCCGACUUGCCAACUCGCCGAAGUAUCGCCACUUGGGCCUCGUCGUCUCGUCGAGCUUUUUCGAGAUCUAUUCAGGGAAAGUGUUCGAUUUACUGAACAAUAAAUCCAAACUGCGGAUACUCGAAGACGGGAAGCAGCAAGUCCAAGUCGUCGGACUCACCGAGAAGGUCGUGUGCUCCGUCGACGAAGUCCUAAAAUUGAUACAGAAGGGAAACCAAGCGCGAACAUCUGGCCAGACGUUCGCCAAUUCGAACUCGUCGCGGUCGCAUGCCGUCUUUCAGAUUUAUCUCAGAUCAAACAACAACAUGCAGAAAAUUCACGGGAAGUUCUCGCUGAUUGAUUUGGCGGGAAACGAGCGAGGGGCGGACACGUCGUCGGCAAACAGGCAAACAAGAAUGGAAGGUGCUGAAAUCAAUAAGUCGCUCCUCGCCUUGAAGGAAUGCAUCCGAGCUUUAGGUCGAAAGGGCGCCCAUUUACCGUUUCGCGUCAGUAAGCUGACCCAAGUGCUUCGGGACUCCUUUGUCGGUUCGAAUUCACGUACUUGCAUGAUUGCGAUGGUCUCACCUGGAGUCAAUUCCUGUGAACACACCUUGAACACGUUACGAUACGCCGAUCGUGUCAAAGAACUAGGAGGUGGUGAUCUUCAGACUAACACACUUUCGGACGAACAGCAAGGAGACGGCGAUCUGAUGCAGCUGCGGUCACUGAAUGAAAACGACAUGACACCUGAGAUGUUGAAUUUCCAUCAAGUGAUAUCGGAGUUGGAAGUGGCCGAGGAGAACAUGCUGGAUAAUCACAAGCAAACGGUGGAUGAUUUACUAGGAACGUAUGAAAAAGCCGUCAGCUUGCUUCGAAUGACUGAUGAAGUGACUUAUGACCAGGAAGCAUAUUGUAAGAAUUGGGAAGAUCUGAUAGACAACACGUUGGCUUACUUGGUCAGGUCGCAGGAGAUAGUAGCAGAUUACAAAGCGAAGAUGUCAGCUGAAGAACAACUCAGUCGUAAAACUAAACGAAAGUAAUCACAAUCUUGUACACAUCUAUCUAUACUAGUUCUGUUUAUUUAUUAUGUUAUUCAAAUUUACAAAAAGAACUGCACGCUUUGGAAACGACUUCUAUUUCUCUGAGGCUGUUGUUUUGAUACUAAUUUUUAUUUAUUACCUUUUUUAUUUUUGCAAUUAAUUUAUUUGGAGGCCUCUUAAUAGGUGGGACGUGGCCGUAACGUACGCUUUAAUAAUUUCAACUAAUUCGGAUCACAUUCCGACGAUGUGCGAAAUUUCGACUUAUCCAUCAUUAUCAUUAAUUUGUAUUAAAUAUUAGGCUGUGCUAUAUAUAUUUUUUUUACAACAAAUGCAGGCUAUCACGUCACUUUGUUUCACGUUAGCGCUUUAGUAAUGUUACAAAAUCAUGAGGUGCAUAAUUUAAGAGGCCUUGUUUGUGAGUAGAGAAAACAGUUCGUUAAACGACGGUUAAUGCCCUGCUUUCCUUCUACUCAAUACCUUGUAAAAACUUUUGUUGGUUGUAAAAACUUUUGUUGGUUUUAGAGUCGUCAUAUACAUGUUAUUAAUUACUUGUAAUUCAUCAAGUUUGUUUUAAAAACCAGAUUGUGUUUGCUUUUAAAUUUAUAAAAUAACAAGCUUGAACAUUCAUUAUAAUUACCAUAAUAAAAUGACCGCAUUUUUA